AUGAAGGUGUGUGGUGCAGUUGUCUUCUUCUUGGCCUAUUUUGGCUGUGUUACUUCAGCAUGCCCAGCGCUUUGCCAAUGCUACCCAAGGAGAGCAGAGGUGGUCUGCAAUGAGGUUCCCCUGACGGCAUUCCCCUCCGAAGGUCUCCCCAAGAACACCAGCACCCUCACCAUCCAAUUCACCAACAUCACGUCCAUCUCCGAGCAGGAUCUCAAUGCAGUGCCCCAGCUGAAAGAGCUCCACCUGUUCAGCAACCAUCUAAAGAACCUCUCCUCGCACCUCCUCAGGGGUGUCCCUCGCCUCACCACUUUGGACCUCACGGGCAACCAGCUGAGCCUCUUGCCUCUGGAUGUCUUCAGCCACGCCCCGCUUCAAAUCUUGGUGCUCAAGAACAACCUGAUUGAGAAAGUGGAUGCCACGUGGCUUCCCGAUAACUCCAACCUGACCUGGUUGGACUUCUCUGGGAAUCGUUUGACAAACGUCCCUGUUGAUUUUCUCCACAAGAUGCCGCACCUGGAGAACCUCGACCUCUCCAACAAUCAUCUGGAGAAGAUCUUGGCGAAGUCUCUGGAUCCGCUCACCAAGCUCGAUCGCCUGAAUCUGCGUAACAACAAACUGGACAGUCUGGAUCCUUCUUUACUCAGUAGCACCAGGAACCUCACCUACUUGUUCCUCUCUAGGAACAGGCUCAGCCAAAUUCCCCAGAACAUUUUUCAGGAGCUCACUCAGCUCAAACAUCUCAGUCUGGACGACAACCAGUUUAACAGUGUCCCCUCAGGACUGCUCGACCAUCUGAACGCUCUGGAGGACGAAGGGCUGGACCUGACCGCCAACCCAUGGGUGUGCGACGGGAAAAUGGAGUACCUAUUUGGGUGGCUCCAGAAGAACCAGAACAAGGCCUUCCUCCCGGAGACCAUCACUUGUUCUGGUCCUCAGUCUUUGAAGAGUCGCUCGGUGAUGUCACUCACAGAGACUGAACUAAAGAUUUGA